AUGUCGAACAAAAGGGAGCGAUCUGGCAAUGAUACCGACAGGCCACCAAAGAGACAAAGAGCGGAGCAUGAAGCCCCUGUAAUUGAAGAAAUUCUCUUCGCGCGACAAUUACAAGAACUUUUGGUCUUCAGCCAGGAUGGAACGCAGGCACUUCGCAAUGGUAUUGCAUCCUUCAAGGCAUUCCUCGAGAACAUCCUCUAUCACAAAGACGAAGAGAAUCGCGCGCGACAAAUCUCCAUCUUAAGAGAGUAUCUGGAUGUCCAAAAGCCGGCAGAUAUCAGCUCAUUGGAUCGGCCUUUUCUCGCACAGCUUUGGCAAGCCUGGUCAUUCGGAGGGCAAAACCAUGAGGAUUAUCUCGUCUCCGCUGUGGCUUCAAUUCUCGCACUACUAUUGAAGACACUAUCAACAAUACUCGAUCUGCGCGAAUAUGGACUGCUGCUAUGUCGUACUGUCGUGCAGAAUCAGCACUUGCGCCUGAUCAAGCGCAGCAUGGACGCUCCGAAGCACAAAGAGCAUCUCAUAUCGCCAUGUUUGAGGCUUUUGACAGAAGUGACGAGUUUCGAUGGCGGCAGUCUGGCUCGAGAGGUCUACAAACGUCGCGAGCAAACGUUUGACAUUGCAACUCUGCGACGGACUUUGGCCAUGGUCAAAACUGAUGUUACCGAGGAAGAAGCACGCCGCCGACCGUCAUUACGGACACAAGCUCUGCGAUAUGUCCUGCAGCACCUCAAAUACCUCCACGAAGGUGGCAAGGUAGACAUCUUGAAGAAUCGAGGACUUUGCUCGUCCCUUUUCCAAUACAUCGCGACCGACCCGGCUGAGGUUGCUGCUGAUCUACUGAACACGAUUGAGCAAAGUGUUCUUAAGGACAGUGAACUUCCCCGCUCAGCCAAAGCUGCGAUUCUCACAGCUCAGAAUCUGGAGCGGGUUAUGGAAAUUGCGACAAGAACCGCAGAAGACGAUACUCAUGGAAUCUCCGCCAUAGCGUUCGCAUGGCUUCAUUCGAUAUGCACGACAUCCUCAUAUGGUGUACUUCGGUCGCAUAGCUGGUACCCGCCUGGAUCUAACACGGUGGAGGUACCUUCCAAUGACGAUGCAAUCUUGACCCGGCUCGAUGAAGUGGCUCCUUUCGAUGGUGAGAGAUCGUUCAACGUGAGAAAUACUACUUUGCUCACGUGGAUUCUCGCUCUGCGACCUCAUGCAAAUCCUAAGGAAAGGGAGCUGUUUGUUGCCACUCUUCGUGCAGCCCCCGAAUUGGUCGCUGCGUACACCGCUGAGAAGACUCUGCAGAUGGAGCCCAAAUUAUCUAACACAUGGAUCGGUCUCGCUUCGGUGAUGUUUGAGAUCGUGCAACUGCCCGUUCCUGCAUACUUGGGCAACGACGAGACCUGGGCGCAGUUACCACCGAGCCCAGCCAUUAUCAUCGAGAAUAUACUGCCUCGACCGUUGACUCAAAAAGUCUUGACUCGAUGUCUCAACCAGAGCAGCAGCUUGAUAUCCUUUUUCGCAGUUCGGAUAUUGGUGUUAGCCUUUCAGAAGAUGAAGAUUGUCUUGUCGGAGCUCUCAGCCCAUGCUUCAGACAUUACUCAAAGACAAUGGACUGGGUGCCGCGAGACAUUAAUUCACUUCUUCAUUGAAAGAUGUCCAAAAAUGAAAGAUGUCAUUGCAACUUUUCGUCAAAUCCCUGACGAUGAAAAACAUGCAUUGCAAAGGGAGGCACUCACGAAACUAUUGAGACUCUACUAUGAGGUGACGCCUCUACAGGCGCUGGAAGAGAAGUUUGAAAUUUCAACUGUUCUAAACGCAGCACUCUUGCGUGCCGAAGCUGCACAGCUCUCUUCUGAGACAGAUAAGACUGCCGAAUUGCGAGCUCUAGAGUUGGAACACCUCCUCUCGAUCGCUCAGUACAGUCCGGCUAUCAAGUGGUUCCACAAGGGCUCGCUUCGAUAUUGCCCGAUAGUGACGCUCCUGCGUAUGCACCGCAAGGACACCACCAAUCCACAGAUUCGUAAACUCAUCACUCAGGUUCUCCAAGAGAAUGGUAUUCUCAAUGCUCAUGAGAGUCCUGACGUUGAGCCACCAGCGAACGCACUUGUUGCCAGUGUACUCCACAUGGCCGAUGGGGAUUCGACAUGGGAGUUGCUCGAGGAUUGCAUUGUGCGGGCCAGUCGAAAGCCCGUCAAAUACGUCGAUGAUCUGGAAGCGAUUGGUGUGCAGAAGUCGAAGAAAGAUGUUACUACCACUGAAAUGCCGAGCAUAUUAGCUGCCGUGAUCCUCGAACAGAGUCCUUUCGUCGCUGCCGACAAAAGCGAAGCCGCUGCGUCGAAAGCAUCGUGGAUGAGGCUGUUCCUCAGAUUGCUCGCCGAGACUGGCGACUCGGGAAGUAUUCUCCAGGAGUUGACUAAACAAGUUGGCAAGGUCAUACCAAGUAAAUCAAAGGACAAGAAGGUAUCCACAGGACCCCUAUCUGAGAUACUGCCUCCACUACACGCCACUUCGGAGACGCAAUCCCAGACUGUGCGACCAAAGACGGACCCACAGCUUUCCUUCAAAACGCCCGCUCCGGAGUCUGACAACCACCCCGAGCUCUUCCGCUGGGCUCAGAAGGACAUUGAUCUCGCCAUUGAAGAUGGUGACAUCGACGCCUUGAUCCUAUGCCUCUGCUCCCAGCACACCGACAUCCGUCGCCAGGCGCACGGACAGAUCAUCAAAGCGAGACAUGCCCUCCAAGCCAACGCCACCUUCGAGAACAGCAGCCAGCUGGGCCUCGUCCUCGGCGAACUCAGCGAGACCUUCGAGAAGCAGCACCUCGCCCACGACGCCCCGCCCCUCCCCUACCUCACCGGGACGUUCGCGGCGCGCGCCUUCCGCGCCCAGACCCAGCCCGCCUCGGACAUGUACCCCAAGAUCAACCGGUUCCUGAUCCGCGGGCCCGAAUGGCGCAGCUCGCGCCUUCCCGGGUACUGGUUCUCCAACACGGUCUCGGGCCUCCCGGAGGAGGACGACGCGUACUGGCGGGAGGUCCGGUGGGUGCUGGAGUGGCUGGUGGACGGGCUGCGCACGGGCGCGGACUUCGACCUGCUGCGCCGCGCCGGCGUCUUCGAGAAGGCCAUGGCGCUCGCGCGGGGCCCCGGCGCCGCCGCGAACCCCUCCGUCAGGGAGCUCGUGCUGGAGCUCCUGUCCCGGGCGGCGGCGGUCGACGGCGGGGCGCUGUCCCUCGUGACGCGGUGUGGGGUCCUGGCAUGGCUGGAGAUGCUGGCGACGACGACGACGACGGACGAUGCGGCCCGCGCGGAGGCGCUGAGGGCGAAGAUCGUGGCGAGUUGCGACGCGGGGAAAUUGGAGGAUUGGAUGGCCAACCGACGGAGGAGGAAGCCCGAGGAGGAGGCGGAGGCGGCGGCAUGA